UGAGCUGACACAAGAGGACUAAUCUCCUGAGCUGACCAGGCACAGCUCACAAACAAGCUUCCCCUAGGGCUUACAACAUCCACAACACCAGGGAACCAAUCUCACACCAGAACCAGUCUAAAAGUAAAGUACAUUAGAGAAGAGAGGGGAGGAGUAUUGGAGAGAGAGAGAGAGAGAGAGAGAGAGAGAGAGAGAGAGAGAGAGAGAGAGAGAGAGAGAGAGAGAGAGAGAGAGGGAGACGGGAGCAUGAGUAGUUGCUAGGCAAGCUCAGCCUCUAAAUCGCUAUGUUUCUCUCUAGUGAGCUUUCGCUUUUGUAUCACAUGGGGAAUGUAGCUGAGCAGCCAAGCAGCCAGUCACACAGAGAAGAGAGGACAGCACAAGGAUUACACAGCAGCAGAAACAAGAGCUUCAAUAUCACCACAACCUGCAUGCAGCGUGUGUGUCGGCAGUUGCAGCACACACCAGCUAACUAAAUGGCAGGCAUGACUCUCCUCUGCCUCAGGCAACACAUAUUUAGCUGAGUUCACAGUGGAGCAGACUUAUCUGGACGUCAGAGUAUUUAAUGGUUAACCUUAUUUGAUGAUAGGAUCUGACUUUUCUACAGCUAAAAGCCUGAUCUGCUUGAUGCUGGAUUAUGCUCCAGCUUGAGAGUGCUAAGUGGAGGUUUCUUCUAUGCCUUGGAAUCAGCAUCUUGAUCUGCUCAAUCAUUUAUCUUAAGGAUAAACCUUCUUAUGUUCCAAGGCCGCUGCAUCAUGCCUUAGGAUGCCGUCUACCUGCUGAAAACUGUAAAGUUUUUCCACCUACCAGCCCUUACACAAGAUGGGAAAGAACAGAAUGCCAGGCACCGAAGUUUAACAGUCCACUCAACUGCAAGCGUAUACAAUCAGAGCAUCAUUUUAUUAUGAAGACCCUGAGCAAAGAAGAGGAGGACUACCCUCUGGCCUUCAUCAUCACUAUCCACAAAGACCUGGAGAUGUUUGUGCGCCUGCUCAGAGCCAUCUAUGCACCACACAACGUCUACUGCAUUCACAUAGAUAGCAAAGCCCAGACAGAAUACAAACUGAGUGUUCAAAGAUUGGCAGAGUGUUUUCCCAAUGUUUUUCUAGCCUCAGUUAGCGAGAUAGUGACCUAUGCUGGUUUUUCUCGCCUGAAGGCUGAUAUUAAUUGCAUGAAGGACCUAGUGAGGUCUCCAGUGAAAUGGCGAAAGGUGAUCAACCUGUGUGGCCAGGAUUUUCCUGUCCAGAGCAACCUGGAGCUGGUAAGAUAUAUGCAAGAUGAACAAUGGAAAGAUAAUAACAUGACUCCUGGUAUAAAACAGCCAAAGAGCAUGCGACAUAGGACUCAGAUACAGCAUGUAGAAAUUAAAGGUGAUCAUGUAGCCUCAUUGGGUCACAAAAAGACACCUCCUCCACACAACCUGACAAUCUAUUUUGGUACAGCCUACUACAGUCUACAAAGAGCAUUUGUGGAAUAUGUGCUCACCAGCCCAGUCGCCAAAGACCUGUUGGAAUGGUCAAGGGAUACCUACAGCCCUGAUGAGCAUUACUGGGUAACCCUUAAUCAUCUGGAAGAUGCCCCUGGCAGUAUCCCAAAUGGUGGCUGGGAGGGUAACAUCCGGGCCAUUAAAUGGAAAGACCAAGAAGGGACAGUACAUCAAGGCUGUAAAGGAUGUUACAUCAGGGAUAUCUGCAUCUACGAUGUUGAGGAUUUACCUUGGGUAAUUGAGAGGAACAGCAUGUUUGCUAACAAGUUGGACACCACUAGAUUUCCUCAAGCUCUGGACUGUUUAGAACAGUGGCACAGGCACAAGGUCCUACAGCAGGCAACAGUGCCCAUUCAGUUAUCAUGGAAACUUGCAACAGAGGUCAAUAUUACUGAUGCUACAGUAGCAGGCUAUAUGAAAAAGGUUACAGUUCAGAUUGAAAGCUAAUUCUUAAACUAAAUUGUCAGUCAUUUCAACAUGAAUUCAUUAAUCAUUGGAACAAGAGCUAAUGAGACUAAGCACAUGCCUGUUCAUUUUUUUGAAUUUAUUUAUUACUAUCCAAGGUUAUAUCUCUAUGUCUGCCUGUAUGUAUUUAUGUAUUUGUUACUUCUAAUGUGUGGAUUAAAACUAUUAUUUAGCACAUAUUAUAAA